AUGUGCCACACCAGCUGCUCCACUGGCUGCCAGCCAAGCUGCUCCAUGCCCCUCCCCUGCCAGUCUGCCUGCUGUGUGUCCAGCCCCUGCCAGUCCACCUGCUGUGGGUCUAGCCCCGGCCAGUCUGCCUGCUGUGUGCCUGUCUGCUGCAAACCCACUGUAUGUGUGCCUGUGUGCUGCAAGCCUGUGACCUGUGGAAUCCCAUCCUGCCAGGCCUCCUGCUGCCAGCCAGCCUCCUGCACCUCCCUGCUCUGUGCCCCCUCCUGUGCCCCCUCCUGCUGCUGA